ACGCUACCAUGGGCAAGAAACGUGUCUUGGUCAGCUAUGGUGUCGAUGUCGAUGCCGUUGCCGGGUGGCUGGGCUCGUACGGCGGAGAAGAUUCACCGAACGAUAUUAGCAGAGGUCUCUUUGCCGGCACUGUCGGAACCAGGAGGGUUCUGAAACUUUUCACCAAGUACAACAUUAAAAGCACUUGGUUCAUCCCGGGCCACAGCCUUGAGACGUUUCCCGAAGAAAUGGCUGCCGUUCGUGAUGCUGGCCAUGAGAUUGGUCUGCAUGGGUACUCUCAUGAGAACCCCACCGACAUGACUAUAGAACAGCAGAAGGAGGUCCUCGAUAAGACGUACCGAAUGUUGACCGAGUUUGCUGGUAAACCUCCUCGAGGGUCCGUCGCACCUUGGUGGGAGACCUCGAAGGAAGGCUGCCAGCUGUUGGCCGAUUACGGGAUUGAGUACGACCACAGCAUGAGUCACCACGAUUAUCAGGCCUACUACCUUCGCACCGGAGAUACUUGGACAAAGAUCGACUACAAAAAGAAAGCCAGCGAGUGGAUGAAACCUCUUGUACAAGGGCAAAACACUGGCAUUGUUGAAAUACCGGCAAACUGGUAUCUCGACGACCUCCCACCAAUGAUGUUCAUCAAAGACGCGCCAAACAGUCAUGGUUUUGUGAACGCACGCGACGUUGAAGAUAUUUGGCGAGAUCACUUUGAUUACUUCUAUCGGGAGUAUGACGAGUUCAUAUUUCCCAUAACCAUACACCCUGAUGUUUCGGGCCGCCCUCACGUCUUAUUGAUGCAUGAGAGGCUCAUCGAGUACAUGAAGAGUCACGAAGGAGUGGAGUUUGUCACAAUGGAGCAAAUUUGCGAUGAUUUCAAGAGCAGAAACGCGGUUCCAGAGGGGUCAAUUUUGCCUGCCACACCAGGAGCCAUCAUGAAAGAGUCUACAACGCUAUAAGAGGAUAGCUAUCAAUGCAGAGAGUUGAGACAAUUGUAUAUCUUGCCUAUCAUCAAUGUUCAGGCUCUGUUGAAGUCUCCUGCCAUAUUGAGAAUCAAUCAAUCUCGAUAGUCCGCUUGAGAAUUCCACCAAGUAAUUUCUCAAUAUCACGUCUCAUUCAUCAUUUCCGGUGGUGCCCAAAUGGUAUGUUGUGAUAAGGAUCACCCGCU